CUUGGCGCGCACGCGUGUCCGCGAGCCCGGGACUCCAAGUCCCAGAAGGCCGCGCGCCUACUCCCUCUGCCCCGUCCCCUUUCCCUCCAAGUGCCAACAGAUCUUUCCCCGCCAGGCCCGGUCCAGUCCAGCCCAGUCCGCUGUCCGCCCUCCACCCCGGUGUCCGCAGUCCGGUCGCUGCUGCCGCUUGCUGCCUCUCCCGCGGCCGCUGCCCGGGCCACCGCCGGGUACGCCCCCUUCUCCCCCCACCCGCCGCCCCGCGCAAGAUUCCAGGACUUGGGUGCUGAGGACACGUAACUCAGCCCCCACCGGAGCCAGCCUGGACUGCCAUGGCCCCCGCCGUGGCAGACGUGGAGAAGGCAGGGCCUGCGGCCCCCGAUAAGUCCUGGAGGUUCCUGGUUUUCUACAUCUGCUUUUACGGCUUCAUGGUUCAGAUACGACCCGGGGAAAGCUUCAUCACGCCCUACCUGCUGGGCCGGAACUUCACCCAGGAGCAGGUCACCAACGAGAUCACGCCGGUGCUGACCUACUCGUACAUGGCGGUGCUGGUGCCCAUCUUCCUGCUGACGGACUACCUGCGCUACAAGCCGGUGCUGAUCCUGCAGAGCCUGAGCUACCUGUCCGUGUGGCUGCUGCUGGUCCUGGGCACGAGCCUGGCGGCCAUGCAGCUCAUGGAGUUCUUCUACGGCGUCACCAUGGCGGCCCGCGUGGCCUACUCCUCCUACAUCUUCUCGCUGGUCAGCCCCGCGCGCUACCAGCGCAUGGCCGGCUACUCGCGCUCGGCCGUGCUCCUGGGCGUCUUCACCAGCUCGGUGCUGGGCCAGCUCUGCGUCUCGGUGGGCCGCGUGCCCUUCCUCACGCUGCACUACGCCUCCCUGGGCUUCCUCAGCUUCGGCCUGCUCCUGACGCUCUUCCUCAAGCGGCCGCGGCGCAGCCUCUUCUUCAACCGGCCCCGGGAGGCGGCGGGCGCCUCGCCCUCGGAGCUGGACCGCAUGAGGCCGGAGCCGGCGGCGGGGGGCGCGCCGGGGCGCCGCCUGCUGGCCGCCUGCAAGGGCUCCACGCUGGUGCGCAUGCUGCUGGAGCUGGGGGGCGUGGCGCGCGAGCCGCGGCUCCGCCUCUGGUCCCUGUGGUGGGUGCUCAACUUCGCCGGCUACUACCUGGUCAUCUACUACGUGCACAUCCUGUGGAGCGACACGGACGGCUCCAAGGUCUACAACGGGGCCGUGGACGCCGCCGCCACCUUGCUGGGGGCCCUGACGGCCUUCGCCGCGGGCUUCGUGCGGAUCCGCUGGGCGCUGUGGUCGGAGCUGCUGAUCGGGGCCGUCACCGGCCUGCAGGCCGGCCUCGUCCUGCUCAUGUACACCACCCGCAACAUCUGGCUCUGCUACGCGGCCCUCGUGUUCUUCAGGGGCUUCCACCAGUUCCUGGUGCCCAUCGCCACUUUCCAGAUCGCCUCAUCGAUGACCAAAGAGCUGUGCGCCCUGGUGUUCGGGGUCAACACCUUCCUUGCCACCAUCCUGAAGACCAUCGUGACUAUCAUCGUGGCGGACAAGAGGGGCCUCGGGCUCCCCGUCCGCUCCCAGUUCCAAGUCUACUUCGGGUACUUCACGGUGCUGGCCGUGGCCUACUUCUCGGGGGCUGCGUACACGGCCGUGAGGCACUGUCGGCAGAGCCGCUUCCACGGCGUCCCCUUGGCGACCGAGCUGGGAAGCCCCGCGGAGGCGCCAGAGAAGGCGCAGAGCCCCGAGGAGGACGGCGUCGAUGGCGUCCGGGCCUGAUCGGAGACACCGGGGGCAGGAGGACGACGGCGCGUGGUGGGCGCCGGCUCUGCCAGUGUCGCGCCCCUGCUCGCCGUCCCUCCCGCCCGACCUGUGC